GUUAUUUAAUUUUACCAAUUGUAAAGUACUAUUUAUGGAGACCGCUUUUUUAUAGUUCUCUUUUUACGAUGAAGAUUUGAAAUGUAAAUCAGUGAAUGUUAAAAUAGCGCUGAUAAGCAUAGCUGAACUUAACCAGUGCAGUAGUUAAUUUGUAUAAUAUAUGCUGUAAACAAACACACACACACACAACAGCUCUUUCCUUUCCACUAUAGUAAAAAAGUGUGAAGUGUAGUGUAAAAUUCGUGAAAUCAAACAAUUAUAGCGCAAAGUUCAAUAAUAAAAUAUCAACACGAAUUAUAUUAGAUAAUGUAUAUGUUUUCACCUAGAUUACAAGUGCGAACUAACCGAUAAUCUACAUAUAUACUGUGAGAUUAAGCAUCAAAUGUGCAAUGCUACGUUAUCUAUGACGGCUACUAACAACACAAAAAGUAGUAAUUGUGUAUUGAAUGAGUAACUGCGGACUGGAGCGGCUGCUGUGUUUCAGUACUCUUGUGGAGCUCAACGUUAACGGUUAAGAAAUUUGUAAUCGUAGAAAGCUUGAUCUCGUCUUAAUUGAAGUGUAGUAAAAGAAAAACUUGUUUAAAAUGCCAUCACACAUAGUAAAUCCAGAUUUACAAAAGGAACGUGACAGAGCUUCCUUCAAUACGCAAGAAUUCACAUACUGGUGGGUUGGAGGCAAAGAAAAGUAUGAAGCGAAGAAGAAACUGGAGAAAUUAUUCUUGGAAGACCCCGAGCUGCAGGAUGACCUACCCAUCUCGCACAUGUCACCCAAGGAGCUGUACGAACACAGUGUGCGAAAAGCAGUAAUUAUUGCCAGAAAGCUACGCGCGUUGCGCGCUGAAGGCGAAGACGAUGUGGAUACAUACGCCGCACUCUUUGGCGGCGCACUGGGCUCUGCGCUCAUCAAAGAAGGCAAUCCAAUGAUGCUUCAUUUCGUAAUGUUCGUGCCCACGAUAAUGGGUCAAGGUACGAUUGAACAGCAAAUCGAAUGGCUAACUAAAGCUUGGGAUUGUAAUAUACUUGGCACAUACGCACAGACUGAAUUGGGACACGGCACCUUCUUGCGCGGCUUGGAAACACGUGCCGACUAUGAUGCCAGCACACAAGAGUUUGUUUUGAAUACGCCCACCAUCAGCGCCUACAAGUGGUGGCCCGGUGGCAUGGGUCAUACGGCAAAUCAUGCAAUUGUCGUCGCACAACUGUACACCAAAGGCGAAUUCCGUGGGCUGGCUCCUUUUAUUGUGCAAUUGCGUGAUUUGGAGACGCAUAUGCCGAUGCCGGGUAUUGAUGUUGGUGAUAUUGGUCCGAAAAUAGGCAUGAAGUCAGUCAACAAUGGCUAUUUAGGAUUGAAAAAUGUACGCACACCGUUGAAUAACAUGCUGAUGAAGAACCAGAAGGUAUUACCCGAUGGCACUUAUGUGGCGCCAAAAAAUAGCGUACUCACCUACGGCACCAUGAUGUUUGUGCGUUGCGCGCUCAUACGCGACCUGUCACAAACGUUGGCGAAGGCGUCUACCAUUGCGAUGCGUUACUCGGCGGUGCGUCGUCAAAGCCCGAUCGACCCAAAUGAGCCCGAGCCACAAAUCAUCGAACACACGACACAACAAUUGAAAGUUUUUCCACAAAUCGCAAAGGCGAUUGUUUUCAAAACAGCCGGCGAACACAUUUGGAACAUGUUCAAUAAUGUUACCGGCGAAUUGGAGCAAGGCAAUAUGGAUCGGUUGCCGGAAAUGCAUGCGCUCUCUUGUUGCCUAAAAGCGAUCACCAGCGCAGACUCAGCGGCUGCGGUUGAGGUGUGUCGGCUGUCUUGCGGUGGUCACGGCUAUAUGGAUUGCUCCAAUUUUCCCACCAUUUAUGGCAUGACAACUGCUGUGUGCACCUAUGAGGGCGAGAACACAGUGAUGCUGCUACAGACGGCACGUUAUCUGGUCAAAGUCUACGCACAGGCGUUGAAUGGCGAACCCUUGGUGCCGACAAUGGAAUAUUUACGAAAGCCGAUUGAAAACAAGAAUUUUGGCAGUUUCGAUGGCUCAUUGGAGACCAUCGUGCGCGCCUUUCAAUUUGUGGCGGCGAACAAAGUGCGAAUAGCUUAUGAACGCAUGGAAAAACAUCGUAAACAAGGUCAAGAGCCGGAAGCGGCGGCCAAUAUGGUGGGCAUUGAAUUGACGCAAGCAGCGGAUUUACAUGGUCGCGCUUUCAUCGUACAAUCGGCAUACAGCGAGUUGAAUCAGCUCAUACGACAAGUCUCACCUGAACUAGGCGCUGUGUUGCAAGCCAUCUUAGAGCUUUAUUUGUUAGAUGCCUGCUUGGCGCGAAUUGGCGAUUUUCUCAGAUUUAUCAACCUAACCGAUGAAGCUAUUACCAAAUUGGAGCUACGUCUUCAGGAUUGUCUCAGACGUUUGCGUCCGAAUGCUGUGGCCCUUGUUGACAGCUUUGAUGUGCACGAUCGCGUGUUGGACUCAGCAUUGGGUGCAGCAGAUGGGCGCGUCUACGAACGUAUUUUCGAGUCAGCCAAGAAAAAUCCGCUGAAUCGUGAGCCGGUGAACAAAACAUUCCAUCAGUAUUUGAAGCCAUUUAUGAAGGCGAAUUUGUAGGUGAAUGACUACUAACACACUCACAUAUGUACCACACAUGUACACACACAUACAUACAAGUUAUAAGUGUAUAUUAUGGAUUCUUAAACGCGCUGUACAUAAUAAAAUAUUUUUCUUCAUUUUAAUUAAUGAAAAUAAAUUUAAGUGCCUUAAAAUCUUAAA